AUGUCGGUGGCUCAGAGCGUGCAGCCUGUUACAUGCAGAGGGAACCCUGCCUUGGACAUCAGCACGGCAGAGCUGCUGGCCGUGGCGCUCCCUCUUGCAGGGGGAGUCACCACCUUCGUGGCCCUCUAUGACUACGAGUCCCGGACUGAAACGGACUUGUCCUUCAAGAAAGGAGAGCGCCUGCAAUCCGUCAACAACACGAGAAAAGUGGACGUCAGGGAAGGUGACUGGUGGCUGGCUCAUUCCCUCACCACGGGACAGACGGGCUACAUCCCCAGUAACUAUGUCGCUCCCUCAGACUCCAUCCAGGCUGAAGAGUGGUAUUUUGGGAAGAUCACUCGCCGGGAGUCGGAGCGGCUGCUGCUGAACCCUGAAAACCCCCGGGGGACCUUCCUGGUCCGGGAGAGCGAGACCACAAAAGGUGCCUACUGCCUCUCUGUCUCCGACUUCGACAACGCUAAGGGGCUCAACGUGAAGCACUACAAGAUCCGCAAGCUGGACAGCGGCGGCUUCUACAUCACCUCCCGCACCCAGUUCAACAAGCAGCAGCUGGUGGCCUACUACUCCAAACACGCUGACGGUCUGUGCCACCGUCUCACCAACGUCUGCCCCACGUCCAAGCCCCAGACCCAAGGCCUUGCCAAGGAUGCCUGGGAAAUCCCCCGGGAAUCGCUGCGGCUGGAAGUCAAGCUGGGACAGGGCUGCUUCGGAGAGGUGUGGAUGGGGACCUGGAACGGCACCACCCGGGUGGCCAUCAAGACGCUGAAGCCUGGCACCAUGUCCCCAGAGGCCUUCCUGCAGGAGGCCCAGGUCAUGAAGAAGCUCCGGCACGAGAAGCUGGUCCAGCUUUACGCUGUGGUUUCAGAGGAGCCCAUUUACAUUGUCACUGAGUACAUGAGCAAGGGGAGCCUCCUGGACUUCCUGAAGGGGGAGAUGGGGAAGUACCUGCGGCUGCCCCAGCUGGUGGAUAUGGCGGCUCAGAUUGCAUCUGGCAUGGCCUAUGUGGAGAGGAUGAACUACGUCCACCGGGACCUCCGGGCAGCCAACAUCCUGGUGGGGGAGAACCUGGUGUGCAAAGUAGCUGAUUUUGGCUUGGCACGCCUCAUCGAGGACAACGAGUACACUGCUCGGCAAGGUGCCAAGUUCCCCAUCAAGUGGACAGCCCCUGAAGCUGCCCUGUAUGGCAGGUUUACCAUCAAGUCAGAUGUCUGGUCCUUUGGCAUCCUCCUGACCGAGCUGACCACCAAGGGCAGAGUGCCCUACCCAGGGAUGGUGAACCGGGAGGUGCUGGACCAGGUGGAGCGGGGGUACCGCAUGCCCUGCCCGCCCGAGUGCCCCGAGUCCCUGCACGACCUCAUGUGCCAGUGCUGGCGGAAGGACCCGGAGGAGAGACCCACCUUCGAGUACCUGCAGGCUUUCCUGGAGGACUACUUCACCUCGACAGAGCCCCAGUACCAGCCUGGAGAGAACCUAUAG